UUUGCAUAUCGUUAGCAACAAGUUGAGACGAGACAUUUGCUUCUUAGAUCAGCUGUUAAUCUGCACUUCUUCCAUAAAUAUUCUGUAACACCCGCCGAGUCUACAUUAGUACGAGCGGUGUCACUGAGCUUGGUAUCUCUGCCGUAAGAAGGAGCAAACUUAAAACAUAUUCAUUAUCUGGCGUCGAGAAAAGCACUCCUUAACCACAAGACCCUCUAAAGUGGAUCCAGGGACACUACUAUGGAGUCUGGAAACGGAUCUACGGAUCACACGAAGCUCGGAAACGGAUCUGUGGAUUAUUCGACGUCGGAAAACGGCCCACUGGAUCACAGGACGAUGGGGCUCGGAGUUCGUGACAUCACCCGAUCAGAAACUGGGUCUUUGUACCACAAGGCGCUGAAAAACAGCUCCUUCGUGGAUCACCUGAGGUUGACAACCAGGUUCAAGAGUUAUGAGGAUCACACAGUCAUGCAGAACGGAUCUGUAAAUGACACGAGGAUGGAGAAUGGACUGAUCAUAACUAACAAGACCAUCCUGGAUGUCAUUCAAGAGUUUGCAUUGGGGCCGGGACAAGAAGAUCCUUUCUACGUUUUGGACUUGGGAGACGUCAUACAAAAGGUGGAAGCUUGGCGUGAGCUGAUGCCGAGGAUCAAAAUUUUCUACGCUGUGAAAUGCAAUGAUACCAAUACAUUGCUGGAAACGUUAGCCAUUCUUGGAACCGGAUUUGACUGCGCUUCAAAGAAGGAGAUAAGGCAAGUGCUGAGUUUAGGCGUCAGUCCCUCCCGCAUUAUUUACGCGCACCCGUGCAAGUCUGAGCACGACCUUAGGUACGCUUCGAAGGUCAACUUGCCCUUGAUGACCUUCGACAGCCGAGAGGAGCUGGUGCAGGUGAAGAAAUGUUACCCACAAGAAGAGCUGGUGCUCAGAAUCCUGUGUGAUGCUCUCAAAGCCACUUACAAAUUUGGUAGCAAAUACGGAGCACCCAUGGAGGAUACCAGGAAGCUCCUAAGCAUGGCCAAGGAUCUCGGGCUGGAUGUUGUGGGCGUGUCCUUCCACGUCGGUUCAGACUGCCGGGAACCAGAAGCCUAUAGUCGGGCUAUUGCCAAGGCCAAACAGGUGUUUGACGAAGCUGAAGCCCUGGGGAUGAGAUUGACCCUUCUGGAUAUUGGCGGUGGGUUUCCAGGAAGAAUCAGCGAUGGACUGGAGAACUUCGCUUCAGUCAUCAAUUCCGCUUUGGAUGAACACUUUCCUCCACAGGAUCACAAUGAUCUAAAGAUAAUAGGAGAACCGGGAAGAUACAUCGCCACAUCAGCAUUCACUCUUGCCACGAGUAUUAGGGCAAAGAAAACUGCGGUGGUAGAUGGUCAAGUUGUUAAAAUGUACUAUAUCAACGACGGCGUCUAUGGCUCCUUCUCAGAAACCCGUUUUGUGGGGGAAAUUUUCUCUCCUGUAGUCCUGAACAAGGCGACUGAUGAGGAGGACACAGAACGAAGCAUGAUCUGGGGACCUACCUGCUGCUCCCUGGACAUAAUAAACAGGGCUAUUUGCCUUCCCAGUCUUGAAUGCGGUGACUGGUUCUACUGGCCUGGCAUGGGAGCGUACACCAUGGUCUUCGCAGCACCAUUCAAUGGGUUCCCCAAACCAUCAAUUCAUUCUGUGGCAUCCCCAGAAGUAUGGUCAUGCUUGCAAGAAUUGUCCAAGAAAUACAUCCCAUCUGCACCCAACAGGUCAUGCUUGCAAGAAUUGUCUGAGAAAUACAUCCCAUCUGGAAUUAACUUGCAAGACAGAAUGAGAGAAUAGAGUUGAACUUUUUUUAAUGAUUUCGAGGAUUUAGUUAAAAAAUUUCAUUACGACAGGGAUUACAAUUCCUUGCUUCCAUACACUGAAGUAUGUAUGUAUGUACUCGAGAAGAUUCCUUGCUAAGGAAUACAUCUCAAGUUAUGUCAAAUUAUAGGAGUAAAUUCGCUGAACUAAAUAUUUUCAUUGUCAUAACCUUCAAAGUAUUUUUCUAUAUCAAUGUAUCGCACAGCAUGCUUAGACGAUAACCGAAUAUUUUCUUUCCCCUCGUUCCGUAACGGCUAUUUAUAUUCAG